AUGGAUAUGGAUAUGUACAUGGAAUGGAAAUCCUCCGCCACCGCCACCGACGACAGCAAGAAUGUGGAAAAGCGGGGCUUGCACCUCGGGGACUAUGGUCACCAUCAUCACCAUCACGAACACAUCAAGACUAUCACAAUUGAGAAGAAAGUACCCGUGCCUUAUACUGUGAUCAAACACGUACCCUACACGGUCGAAAAGAAGGUCCCCUAUGAGGUGAAAGUGGAUGUACCUCAGCCCUAUUACGUGGAAAAGAAGGUUCCGGUCCAUGUCAAGGAGUACGUCAAAGUCCCAGUGCAUGUCCCUAAACCGUACACUGUUGAGAAGAAAGUGCCUUACGAAGUGAAAGUUCCGGUAGACAAGCCUUACGAAGUUAAGGUACCAGUACCACAGCCCUACGAAGUCAUCAAGAAGAUUCCAUAUGAAGUUAAGGUGCCAGUGCCACAGCCCUACGAAGUCAUCAAGAAGGUCCCACAUGAAGUUAAAGUAGAGGUCCCAGUUCCCAAGCCCUAUGAAGUUAUUAAAAAGGUGCCGUAUGAGGUUAAAGUGGAGGUAGAAAAACCAUAUCCCGUCGAAGUCCCUAAGCCUUACACUGUUGAGGUUGAAAAGCCAUACACCGUUGUGGUGGAGAAAAAAGUACCGUACGAGGUUAAAGUACCAGUCGAUAAGCCCUACAAAGUGGAGGUUGAAAAGCCAUAUCCAGUGCAUGUGAAAGUGCCAGUUCCCCAACCUUACACCGUGGAGAAGAAAGUACCAUACACAGUCGAGAAACCUGUUCCUUACGAAGUAAAAGUACCGAUCGAGAAGCCCAUCCCGGUCUAUUCCGAGGUGAAGUUCCCGGUGCACAAGGAAAUUCCAGUCCCAGAGAAAUACCAUGUUGAGGUGCCAAUUUUCAAACAUCACGAGCAUUACGAACAUCAUGACCAUCAAGACCAGCACGACUACCACGGACACUACUAGAGAUUUGGUGGCAAAACCAGAAGUGGGACUCAAGAGUCCGCACAGAAGGCGAGUACAAGGACAGCAGUGUACAGUAUCAGCAGCAGUAAGGAUAAUACGAACAAGGAGCAUGAAGAAGCGAAGACAAAUAAAGGUCUUCAUACGCGUAGACGUUGAGCUGGACGUUGAGGGGGUUGCAAGAACGAGGAGCCUGAGCAGAGGGAGGAGUAGAACGCUUAAUUGUAGACAAGGUAGCAGUCAGAGGACAAACUAGCUAGCUACUUUCCAUGAGAUCUUGUAGGAUCUACAACCCGACAAUCUGGUUGAUGGAUCUUACAUAAACUUUAAGCCAAAUGUGUUAAUACUUUUAUUGUAUUUGUAUCAUUGUGUUAGUUAUAAGAUGUCGUAUAUUUAAAUUAUAAGCCAAUGAAACACUAA